AUGUCCGCCCUCCCUGCUCCCCAAGUGCCUCUUCAGAUUGAAUGGCAACCGGCAGCCUUAGGAUUCCAGGAGGGUCAGACACAGUUGAUCCACAACCCCAGGAUGGCGCUCCAGUCAUACAUCCCCGAAUGUGAGCCCACCUGGCAAGAUACCGAUAAAGUCACCCUACAGGACUUCUUUGCGGAGUUGCAGCGCUACCUCAAGCACAGCCUACAACAGGAAGUCAUCAAGGCCGGCAAUGCGCUAGCCUUGGUGCAAGAAAAACAAGAAGCUGAGGGAGUCCUGCUCCGGGAUGCCUUUGGCUACAUGCAAGAACAAGUCUCCUCAGUCCAGGCACAACUCCAGAGUUAUGCUCAGAGAGAUGACUUGGGAGCGGAUGAGAUGGAGGACAUUGAGUGGACAAACCCGGCGAUGCCCCCUAACUUCCUGGAAGACAUCCAGAAAGCUAUCAAUGAAGGGAGGCUCUCCAUCGCCAGAAUGCCCACACCAGCACCGGUCCCCAACCCUGCACCUCCGCAGAACUCCAGGUCUUCGUCCAGAGCGACCCUGAGAACCUUUCACCAAAGGGUGAACUCCUUUGCAGCGUUUCCGGUCAGGUCUCGCAGGCAGAGAACUCUUCCCCUGAUGAUGCCAACGGCUAUUGGAGGCUCACCUCUCCCUCCUCAGAGAGCCCCAGCAAGCCCUUUGGCAGGUGGCCUAGCCAGGCCCCCCCGACAGCCUAUAGAAGACGAUGACUACUACUCCCAGAUACCGGUCAGGAGUGGUCCCUCUGGGCUUCCCCCAGCCUGGGUUCGCCAGGGGCUAUUGUAA